GUCGUCAUCGUCAUCGUCAUCGUCGUCCGUGCCAAGGUACAACAGAGCUAAAUUCGGCUCUGAAACCGGCGCUACCAAGACAACGUGGAUGAGGCCUGUCACGGCCCCAGUUACAUCUGCGAGCAAACCUCAAGCGAGCGCGACUACUGGCGCUCCCAGCUCGGUCACCAGGCCUUCAAUGCCCACUGUAUUUUUCAAUAUGUCACCAGACAUGCUAGCGAUGCAACACGAUGGGCAGCAAAGAAGCAGGAGAGCAAGAUUGGAUGACGAUAAUCAAGACGACUUUGAGGAGAAUGACGCUCCGAAGAAACCAUGUAAUGCGUUUUUACUUUAUCGAAACCAGCGAUCUAAGGACAAGCAGGAAUACUAUAAGUCCACGAAAGGGUCAGGAGCUCUGAUUUCAAAGGAUUCGUCUAAGCUUUGGGAAACUGAAGAACCUGAGCUCAAACGUGCGUUUGAACUCGAGGCGGAGAUCUCGCAGGCUCUGUACCAGUCGAAGCUGGCAAAGCGUACACCCGUGAAGCACAAGAAGGGGAGCGCGAAAGGCGCGAAUGCCGGUAAUAAGCUCAAGCUAGGAUCGGAUGGAAGAAGCGGUAGGAACGGUAGGAGGUCGAGAGGAGCGGAUGAUGAGAGCGCGCGCAAGCCGGGUACGGAAGAAGGGAAGGAGCAGGAGGAGAAGGAGGAGAAGGAGGAGGAGGCAAGCUCACAGCCCCCAGGCAAGAGAAGAAAACAUGAGCAGUAACAUGGCAGCAUUGGAGA